AUGGCAAAUGCCGCCCACCCUCUUAUCCAGAUUCUCUCCCCGAAUCUGUCCAAAAGGAAGAGAGAAAGUAGUCAAGAUGCGUCUGACGCUCUAGAUCGAUCGAUAGACUUGCACGAGGCAAAACGGAGAAAGCCUGAUGCCCCAGUGACUGAGAUACUUACGCCUGUCACACCUUCCCCUGAGCCUCAGACAUGUGAGAAGACUCCCACUGCUGCUGCUUCUAUCUCUGUCCCUUCAAGCCGAAUACAGGAGACCAUCGAAACUCAGCUGGGUCUGGAGAUUUUGCUGAAGCACAAGGAGCUACGGCUGAUCAACCAAGAACUUGCCAAAUGUCAAGUGGCUUUAGAGCAACUCCGUCGUUGUCAUCUGAUCCCUUAUCCAACAUCACAGGGGACUCCUGAAGCGAUGAUGAAUGUCAUGAAUGGUACCGGCGCUGCCGUCUCCUCUAAGGGGACCGUCCCGCAAUGGGCUCCAGCGUUUGGAGUUACCGAUGGUCCAUAUGCAAGACACUAUUCCAAAUGGCUUAUUCCUGACCCUAGUUUUGACGGUGAGCAAGUCGAAUGGCAUAGGAUCUCCGAAGGAUCACGCGUUGGAAAAACCAUUCCAGAAGGUCGUGCGACUAGACACAGCUUCGUAGAAGGUAGCACACCUGGGAGUAAAUCACGGUCUCAACGAGGAUCUUCAGGCCAGAAGCUACAAGCCUUGUCUAAUGGCUACCCUCAAGCAAAAGAAAAGGCAGGUCCAUGUGUUCUUAAACGUGGAGAUGGACAGAUGGUUAAGCUUGUGUGCAUCGAUUGUAAGAGGGAAAAUUUCUCGAGCACUCAGGGAUUCAUCAAUCAUUGCCGUAUUGCUCAUCGACGAGACUUCAAAAGCCAUGAAGAGGCGGCUGUCGCUAGCGGUCAAGCGAUCGAGGUUGAUGAGGUUGGUGGUAUCGUUGGAGAAGAAAAGACACCAACAGUUGCCACUGGACUCGUCCAUCCAUUGAUUCGUACUGCACCUGCCGACAAAGCAGCGUAUGUGUCUCUCCUCAGUCGAAUCGAAGCAUCUAUGGAGUUGUAUCGGCAGGGAAAGCUACCUGGUGUUACAACAAUUCCAACUAGUGCCCCAUCUACCCCGACGGUUGCUGGCUCAGGUCAAAGUACCCACGCAAACUCCAAUUUUGUGGCAUCCGCGGACACGCCACAUCUUUCCAACCUGAUGCGACUUAAAGGUUUUAACGGCAACCUUACUGAGUUUGUGGGUGACGCGAAGAAAUCUGUGGAUUAUGACGAAUUUUCAUCACAUGAUGAUGAAGAGUCUGAAGGCGAUCAACUUCCUCAAACUGGCUCGGACACUCCAGCUCCUGUUAUGCGAAAGCCUUUUGGAGCAGCUAUGUCUGCAGCGCCUUUCAAACGUCCUGUCAGUAGCAAAGGUACCGAGGGUCAACAUGCGCGAAUUCCGAGCGGCAUCUCACCUCGCAUGUCUCACGCCCUGCCGGUAAUUAGUUCAACCCCGACCAUGCCGCCUGUGCGGCCCCAUACCCAUCUGAUCAACAUUCAGACACCAAGUCAUAUCGAUACACCAAGACGUCAACAUGACGAUACGGAUAUCGAAAUCUUGCAUAGCCCUUCCAUUCAUGAUCUAAGCCCAAACACAAUUGCGAGUAACAACGCACCUAGUCUGGUCAGUGAUGAUGGAGAAUACGAAGACGGAGACGACGUCGAAAGUGUGACCUCUGAAGAAGAGGAAGGUAGCGAUGUGGCAGAAAUUGACAUCGAGGAUGGUGUCGCUGUACCAAGAACAGUUAUAAGAAAACGUGCUGGAAGCGGAGGAGAUGUUCGAUUAAAGAAGGGCGAGGACAAGCACGUUACUUUCGUGAGUCCUGGGAAGGACCGGCGCAAAAAGUAA